AUGGCAAACACUGAAGACUUUGGUGAUGAUGAUGUUGAUUUUAUCAUGGACGUUGAUCAGUUGCAAAAUCAUGGUAUUGGUGCAAGUGAUAUUUCUAAGUUGAAAUCAGCGGGGUACUGGACAAUUGCAGCUGUCUGUGCUGCUACCCGGAGGAACAUCUCUAAGAUUAAAGGUUUCUCCGAGCAAAAAACAGAGAAGGUCAAAGAAGCUGCUGUCAAGUGCGCUCCCGCAUCCUACAACUUUAUUACUGCCUCUGAACUUGGUCACCUCCGCCGUAGAGUAUGCCGCAUUUCUACAGGUUCUAAAAGCUUCGACUCAAUGCUUGGUGGAGGCAUUCAAACUAUGUCAAUAACCGAAGUCUUCGGUGAAUUUCGCACGGGAAAAUCCCAGCUCUCAAUGACCGCAGCGGUGAUAUGCCAACUACCAAAGGAUCACGGCGGGGCAGAAGGUAAGGUGGCGUACAUUGACACCGAGGGGACGUUCCGCCCAGAGCGAAUCAAACAGAUCAGUGAACGGUUUGGCGUUGAUGGUGAUGCGGCAUGUGAGAAUAUAAUCUACGGAAGGGCAUUGAACUCGGAACAUCAGCUAGAACUUCUGAAUGGACUUUGCCAGAACUUUUCUAGUGGUGAAUUUAGAUUGUUGAUCGUGGACAGUAUCAUGGCGUGUUUUCGCGUGGACUAUUGCGGCCGUGGGGAACUUUCAGAGCGUCAACAAAAGCUCGGACAAAUGCUGUCAAAGCUCGCACAUAUGGCUGAAGAGUUUAAUGUUGCGGUUCUUUUGACCAAUCAGGUUCAAAGUGAUCCAGGUGCUAGUGCUUUGUUUGCUGGAGCAGAUGGGCGUAAACCAGCGUAA